AUGCUAAACGCCCUCGAAGGAGACCGCCAACGAGGGGGGCGACGUGUUCGCUACACAGAUGGACCAGCUGAGAGCUCAGCUGGAUACGGCUCAAGGACCUCGUUAACGUCACUCACGAAACUUGAGAACGUCUUGGAUGACAACGGCGAGGGAACGAAACGAGUGAAAGAGAUGCUGGGGCCCGCACGUCCAGCGAAGACGGACCAUCUAGGUAUCUAA